CAUAAAUUAGAUGUUGUGAUGUAACCUAACUCUUCUUUUAAACAAAGGCAUUUUGUUUCAAAACCUUUUCUCUAUCCUGCCCCUUAUGUGAAUGUGCGAACAUAGUUGCAUGGGUGUGUGCAGACUAAGUAACAUUCAUAAAACGAGGUUCAAUCUGUAGUUUCCUGUCAGUUUCCCUACAUAACUAUGUCUGACGCCCACCAUUUGGGUGCGUGAUGGUCCGCUUGUGUGUCACUAUAAAAGCAUGCGCUGAUCGAUGCUCGUCUUUAUUACUACAUUAAACACUCACUCUUUAGUAAUUCAAUAAAGCAGGAACAAUACCAAGCCAUGAUAACCCCUGCACUCCCUUACACUCCCAGACCUUAGGAAAAUAGGAGUGACCUCAGCUUCAUUGAUUGAGGGUUUCCAUGGCAUCAUAACGGUCAUUCCUCAGCAAUGACGGGGUGUGUCUUUUUUGUGCUGAAAGCUCACACACACAUCAUCCUGUUCAUUUGCUAUCAUGGAUUGGACUUUUAGAGAUAAACAAUAGUGGGCACGUAACCCGCAUAUAUUUCAAACUCUAUACAUGCUGCAUUCCAUCAUAUUUUAACGUUUGUGUUUUAUACAGUUUUAUUUCAUGUGGCUGGAUUGAAAAGUUGACUGAAUUCAUCAACAGGAGCUGGGAGAGCAUGGCAAACCAGCUUUUUACCAGGGCAGACUGGCCCAAGCCAUCGUCGAUAUCAUAAUCCAAAAUGGAGGAGUCAUGACACUGGAUGAUCUCAGCAGCCAUGACAGUGAGGUCGUCACCCCUAUUAGCACAGAAUACAAGGGUGUGCGUCUGUGGGAGCCUCCUCCUAACAGUCAGGGAUUGGCUGCCCUGCUGCUACUCAACAUCCUGGACAACUUCCCGCUCAAAGCUGCAGGCCACAACAGCUCUGACUACAUCCAUGUACUGGUGGAGGCUGUGCGCUUGGCACAAACAGAUGCUGUGCGUUACCUGGGCGACCCUGACCAUGUGACCAUCCCUUUGGAAAUGUUGCUGGACAAGAGCUACAGCCACCAGCUAGCACAGCGCAUACGCAUGGACAGGUGUGUGGUCAUGGAAGAGGUGGAGCCCGGCUUGAUGACAGGAAGUGACACAGUCUAUUUUUGUGUGAUCGACAGCCAGGGCAACGCUUGUUCAUUUGUCAACAGCACAUACAUGGGCUUUGGCAGUGGGCUGGUCCCUACGGAUUGUGGAUUCUCACUACAGAACCGGGGUGCCAGCUUUUCUCUGCGUCGUGACCAUGUCAACUGUGUUGCUGGAGGGAAGCGGCCGUUUCACACUAUAAUACCUGCACUUCUCACUGACUCUGCAACCACAUCAGAAAAACCAGUCCUUCUCGCUGCGCUGGGGGUGAUGGGCGCUUUGAUGCAACCGCAAGGACACGUCCAAGUGUUGCUAAACAUGUUGGAGUUUGGGAUGAAUCCUCAACAGGCUCUAGACGCACCAAGAGUCUAUGUACAAUAUGACCACACAACUGAGCAGUGGUCUGUUAAUCUGGAGGAGGGCGUCGGCCAGGAGGUAGCUGAGGAGCUGAGAAGAAGGGGCCACAAAGUCAACUGGCCAAUCACAGGCCACAAACGGUCUCAGUUUGGGCGGGGACAGAUCAUCACAGUGGGGGAUUGGUGGAACCCAUCUGUCAAUCAAGCUGAUCCUCCAUCCAGGGUGCUGUGGGCGGGAUCUGACCCCAGAGCAGACGGAUGUGCUAUGGGAUACUAAACAGAAGUGACCUUCUCUACUCUUCUCUGUUUAUGUAAUAUUUAGAUACAUUGAUCACGAAGCUUUCUGAAGGCAAAUCCCUACAUGAGAAAUGUAGAACAGUAGUUUUAAACAUCUUGCCGUAAAAUCAUCCACAGAAAUCUAAAAACUAUUUUCCAACUCAGGUUUAUGACAUUUUCAUAGCACAGCGUCAUAGCACAACACAUUACAGCUUCAUGAAUUAGAUUAUAAUACAUCUAUGGUUCAUUUAUGAGCUGAUGCACUAUUACUACUGAAAUAUAGAUAACCACAUUGGAAAACAAAUCUUUGUGUAACAUAUCAGAGAUGUCUUUCCUUAACCCUGCCCUUUUUUUUCAAUAGAUAAUUACAAAUAUUAAUGAUGGGACGGAGUGGCGAACUACAGUUCGAAACCCGCCGCCACUGCGCCAUGCCGGUGUGUCCUUGGGCAAGACUCUUCACCCGAAUUUGCUCCUGUGGGUACUGUCCACAGUACAUGACCGUUACAUGUAUGAUAUGUGUGUAAUGUGUACUUGAUGACUUCGAGGUGUGAAGAUGGUCGGAGUGGCGCAGACUGACCGUUACAUGUAUGAUACAGUAUGUGUGUAAUGUGCAUUUGUAAAGCGCUUUGGGAAUCUGGAAAAGCGCUAUAUUAAAUGUAAGGAAUUAUUAUUGUUAAUUUUUAAAUAAAAGACAAUGAUCACUUUACGUCACCAAUAAAUGACAGUUCCUCCUUUUUCUCUAGGUGACAUUUAAUAAAACCUAUUGAGUGGAGGAAGUGUACAAAUCUGACGUGAACCAAGUUAAUCAGUGUUAUGUCCUUUUUCAUAUUGUUCCACACUUAAAGUGAAGCAUAUGUACUGAUUUAACAGUAUGUAUUUCAAAUGAUGCUGGAUCUAAACAAAUGCCAAAUAAAUGUAAUUUAUUUCUAAGUGAUGCUAAGUGUAUUAGACAGUUAAAGAACUAAACAGGUGUUGUUCUUUUACAUUUGCAAGGCCUUAAAAAACUAUUUAUAUUUAUUUGAGUAAUUUAUCUUUUUCCAAUGUUUUUUCUCUCGCUUUGUUAUAGUUUAUUUAUUCUCCUCACGAUUAGAGAAUGCCUUUGGCUAAAAAUGAUGUGUGAAAAUAAAAUUUGGUUUGCCAGCUCAAACCAUAAAAAGCACAAAA